AUGAAGCAGGGUGCGCGGCCGGGAGAAGACAAAGAAGAGGUCUAUGAAGAGGGCGAGGACGAGUCCGACGAGGAGGAUGAGGGCGAAGAUGAAGAGCCCAAGCUUAAAUAUCAACGGCUGGGCUUCAGCGUGCUCGAAAUUUUGAAGGACGAUUCCGCUACGUGCAUGCACACGCUGGGCACGAGGACGGGCAUGGUGUACCUGCUGGACUUCACCGGGAACAUGAUCAAGAAGUACUCCAACCACUCGGCUGCGGUGAACGAGAUCUCCAUCGACGAGACCGGCGAAUACCUGGCCUCCUGCUCCGAUGACGGGCGAGUGGUGAUUCAUGGCCUCUACUCGAACGAGAUGGUCGAGUUUGCCUACCGGUCGCCCAUCCUGAGCGUGGCGCUGGAUCCCCACUACGCGCGGUCUAAGAAGCGCUCGUUCGCCUGUGGCGGCCGAGCCGGUAGUCUCGUCCUCAACGUCAAGGGGUUCUUUCGAUCAUCGAACAACGUCAUUCACGCUGCCGAAGGUCCCAUCUACGCCAUAGCGUGGUGCGGCUCGUUGAUCGCUUGGGCCAAUGACAUCGGAGUGAAAAUCUACGACGUGAACACGGAGCAGCGGAUCACCUUCAUCGACCGACCAAAGGGAAGUCCCAAGGCUGAUCUGUACCGCUGCAGCCUCUGUUGGGAAGACCCACACACGCUUCUCAUCGGUUGGGCCGACAUGGAACGAGUGGAGCACACCCUGCCCACAGCAGCACCCACGCGCUACGUCGAAAUCGCUGAAGAGUACUCCGCACCUCAGACCACUGGGGCGCACUUGAUCGACGAGCACUAUUUCGUGUGUGGAAUCGCUCCGUUUGGGGAGUACCUGUGCCUGCUGGCCUACAUCGAGGAGGAAGAGAACGGACGCAAGGUUCCUCAGCCACCGGAGCUCCGAAUCAUCACCCGGCACAACGAGGAGGUCUCCUCCGACGCGCUCACGAUUCAUGGCUACGAAUCGUACAAGGCCACUUCGUACCGCCUCGACCACCUGGCGAGCGAGUCGCUCUUCUACAUCGUGUCGCCCAAGGACAUCGUCCUCGCAAAGCCGAGGGACUUGGACGACCACAUCGCGUGGCUUAUCGAUCCCUAUCGUGCGCGGUACGAAGAGGCCCUCCAAGCCGCGGAGGCCAACGAAGCGCAACUGCUGCGGCACAGGCUCAUCGACAUCGGUGAGAAGUAUCUGAACCAUCUGUUGGAGAAAGGCGAGGUGGCCAAGGCAGCCGAGCUGUCGCCAAAGAUUCUCAAGCGGGACGGUGCCCUGUGGGAGAAGUGGAUCAUCGAAUUCGCUCGCCGGCGGGAACUCAAGCUCAAGGACUACGUGUACGAGAUGGUGCUCAAUCACUACCUUCGGCACGACCACAAGGGCUUCUACAACCUCAUCACCGAGUGGCCGCACACCAUCUACAACAUCCAAAACCUCAUCACCACCUACAAUUUGUUCCACGCGAUCCAGGACAAGGUGCUCCUGCUCAUCGAGUGCGACCAGGAUCGGGCCAUCAAACUCUUUGUCGACAACGUGGACAAGGUUCCCGUCAAGACCGUGGUUCAGCAACUGAACGACACCCCGCGAAUCCAGCACGCCUAUCUCCACGCCCUCUUCACCAAAGAUCCCCAUCUCGGCGAGGAGUACACGCUGCUCCAGCUGAAGCACUACGCCGAGUACGACUACAAGCAGCUGAAGCCGUUCCUCAUUCAGACCAUCUACCCACUCGAAAAGGCCUACAAGAUCGUCGAGGAGCGCAAGCUCUAUCCGGAGAUGGUCUACAUCUUGGGUCGUAUGGGAAACACCAAGGACGCGUUGGACCUCAUCAUCCAAAAGAUCGGCGACGUCAAGCAGGCCAUCGAGUUCGUGCAGGAGCAGCGGGACGAGGAGCUCUGGGGCGAUCUCAUCACCCAGUCCAUGCGAAACCCCAAGUUCGUGUCGGGGCUUCUGGAGCACAUCGGAGCGUUCGAGGCGGUGAACCCGCUCGACCUCAUCCGUAGGAUCCCCAACGGAAUGGCCAUCGAGGGUCUGCGCGACCGUCUCGUGAAGAUCAUUUCCGAUUACAACCUCCAGAUGUCGCUGCGAGAAGGGUGCAACACAAUCCUGAAGGCAGAUUGCGUGGACCUCAUGGACCGGUUGUACGGCGGACAGCGGCGGGCGGUGUCGGUGUCGCCCGACAUGCACUGCGCGCUGUGCUCGGGUGUCAUCAUCCCGACCUCGGUCAAGGACGCCGGCGACGUGGUGGCCUUCUUCUGCAACCACGGCUACCACACCCGGUGCCUCAAGCUCGCCAUCCACACGGCCCGAGGCGGCGGCAUCAACAACAACAGCAACGCCGACACCCGUCCCGAGGGUACGGUGGAAAAUUUGUCGUACAACAGCAUCAGGGCGGCGGAGCGGGAGAUGUUGAACGAGGAGAACCUGGCGGCGCUGCGAGGCGGGCAGCUGGUGUGCAUCAUCUGCCACCACAACAAGGUCAAGGAGCUCAAGCAACGACAACAGAAACAGCAGGCGGCCCCCAAGGAUGAUUGGGCCUAUUAG